GUUCGUGUGGGUGCCAUUGUUGUUCCAUGGGUGCCGUUGUGUUCGUGUGGGUGCCAUUGGUGUCCCAUGGGUGCCAUUGACUUUCAGUGCAUGCCGCGGGUCUCCCCCUUCUCCCACAUCACCCGGGUGCCCCCGGCCCCCCAUUCAUCACCCGCACCCCCCUUUCUGACCUCAUCCCCCCCCACAGCCCCCUACCUCGGCGACUACAUGGCCCCCAGCUCCUACCCCGGCGACGCCGACACCGCAGACCCCCUCAAAGUCCCGUCACCGACCUCCCUCUACCCAUCGACCCGAGGAGGGGGGGAUUUCGCCGCCUCCGAUUCGGACCCCCCCGACAGCCCGCGCUCCGCAUUGGCCGGCGGUUACAUCAACGGCGACGCGGCCGUCAGCGAAGGUUACGCCGUCGACGCCUUCUUCAUCACCGACGGCCGCUCUCGUCGCAACCCCAACGGCUCCGCCGCCGCCCCCUCGACCCCCAGACCCCCGAGGCAACGCCACGCUUGCGGCGAAUGCGGCAAAACCUACGCCACCUCCUCCAACCUGAGCCGUCACAAACAGACGCACCGAAGUUUGGAUAGCAAAAUGGCCAAGAAAUGUCCGACCUGCGGGAAAGUCUACGUCUCCAUGCCGGCUAUGGCCAUGCAUCUCCUGACCCACGACCUGAAGCACAAAUGCGAGGUUUGCGGCAAAGCUUUCAGCCGCCCUUGGUUGCUGCAGGGCCACAUGCGUUCGCACACCGGGGAGAAGCCUUUCGGCUGCGCCCACUGCGGCAAAGCUUUCGCCGACCGCUCCAACCUGCGCGCCCACAUGCAGACCCACUCGGCCUUCAAGCACUUCAAGUGCAAGAGGUGCAGCAAAACCUUCGCCCUCAAGUCCUACCUGAACAAGCACUACGAGUCCGCCUGCUUCAAAGGA